GAUGCUAGGUCCAGCUACAGGAGGAUCCUCACUGACUCAGCCAGGAAGCUCAAUGCUCAGGGCUCCCAGCUAGGGACCUGCAUUGAGAAGGCCAGGCCCUACUACGGCUUCCGCAGACUAGCCAAAGAGGCCCAGCAGGAGACGCAGAAGGCAGCGUUGAGGUACGAGAGAGCCGUCUCCAUGCAUACGGCUGCCAGAGAGAUGGUGUACGUGGCAGAGCAGGGGCUCCUGGCAGACAGGAACACUCUGGACCCCACCUGGCAGGAGAUGCUCAACCACGCCACCUCCAAGGUGAACGAGGCAGAGGAGGAGCGGCUGCGGAGUGAGAGGGAGCACCAGCGGGUCACUCAGCUGUGCCAGGAGGCAGAACAACGUGUCCAGACCCUCCAGAAAUCCCUCAAGAGGUUCAUCAUCAAGUCCAAACCUUAUUUCGAGCUCAAGGCUCAGUUCAACCACCUACUAGAGGAGCACAAGGCAAAGGUGGUGCAGCUGGAAGAACGCGUUGCAAGGGUAAAAAUGCGCUACUCCGUCGCCCUGCGCAACCUGGAGCAAAUCAGCGAGCAGAUCCAUGCCCAGAGGGGGCGUGUCCGAGCCACCAGGGCCCGCCCCGUAGCCUGCGGUGGGCGGAGCUCCCAGUGGGGGCGGAGGCUGAGGUCAAAGCUGCUGUCGGGGUUCAGGUUGGAGGAGCAUGUGGCGGAGGAGGAGGGUUGGAGGAGAAGGACUGGGCUGAUGGGAGAAGACCAGGCAACCAUCGCCUCGGACCUGGAGAAGUGCGACUCGGUAGGGCACCUGGGGGACCUGAGUGACGUUAGCAGCCUGAUGGGAGAGGACUGGGAGAGGCACCGGUCCCUGAUGGCUGAGAACAGAGAUAGGAACCCAAGGGCAGAGGAGAGAGUUGUGAGGGAGGUGGACAUCCCUGCUCCAAGGCAGGAUAGAUUGGAGGUGGUGGGGGUGAGAGGGAGACAGGAGAGCUUUGUCAAGCAGCACCACAGAAGUGUGAGUUUGUGA